AAAAUCUUUCAGUCGAUCUUUUUCCUUCACCUCGAGCAGCCGGUCUUGUUUUGUGCUCUCUUCCACGUCAAAUUAUUUGCGGAGAUUCUUUGCAAAAUUCUCUCAAAAUGGGCCGUCUAUUUAUUGGGCCAUUUAUUCAUUCCAAAUCUUUUGAUGAUCUCGAAUGCAUCGAGGAGGGAUUUAUCGCCGUUGACGAUGGGAAGGUUAUCGGAAUGGGCACAGCUGCUGAUUUGCCUUCAUGGAGACAGAAGCAGUGGACGUAUGAGGAGAUUCAAUUGACGAAGCAUCAAUUUUUGCUUCCAGGAUUUGUGGAUUGUCACAUUCAUGCGCCACAAAUGCCAAACAUUGGCGUGGGAUUGAGUAUGGAGUUGCUGGAUUGGCUCAAGAACUACACAUUCCCCAUGGAGGAUCAGUACAAGAAUAGCCAAUUUGCUGCGUAUGUUUAUGAAAAAGUUGUGAAACGUACCCUAGCUUCUGGGACAACCUGUGCUAGCUACUACGGAACAAACCACAAAGACGGUACCCUAGCCCUGGCAAAGGAAUGCAUAAAACAGGGUCAACGUGCCCUAGUUGGCAAAGUUUCUGCAAAUCAAUCUACAGUUGAUUACUACAAAGAAACAACGGAGGAAUCAAUUAGAGAAAAUAAAGCUUUCAUCGAUGAAGUUAAUGCACUAAAUUCAGACUUGGUUGGUGUAACAAUUACACCGAGAUUUGCUCUUUCAUGCGAUGAGCAACUCUUGAAGGAAUUGGGAAAAUUAGCAAAGGAGCACAAUUUGAACAUACAGACUCACAUUUCGGAGAAUCUUGGAGAAAUUGCUGAAGUGAAGAAAGUCUUCAAUGCAUCCAACUAUGCCAGUGUCUACGACGCAGCCAACUUGCUGACAUCCAAAUGCGUCCUUGCCCACGGAGUUCACCUGGAAGAUGAAGAAAUUGCUUUGCUAAAGGAACGUGGAACUUCCGUGGCUCAUUGCCCAUCAUCCAAUACAAACCUUCAGUCUGGCUUGUGCGAUGUUAUACGCUUGAGGAAUGGAGGUGUAACCGUUGGAUUGGGAACUGAUAUUGCUGGAGGAAGUGAUGUAUCCAUCCUCACAACAAUCCGUGAUGCUCUGGCUGUUUCGCAUCAUUUGAACUUUGCAAAGAAGCAAGAAAUCAAGGGAACAGGAAGUGUACGUCCUGAAAAGGAUGAGCUAAAGAAGAUUAAUAAGGAAUACGUGCCAUUGAAUUACAAACAAGCCAUCUACCUGGCAACCCUUGGUGGUGCUAAAGCUCUCAAUUUAUCAGACACAAUUGGGAACUUUAAAGUUGGAAAGGACUUUGAUGCCCUCCUCAUUGACGUCAAAGCCGAUCCCAUUGAUGUGUACGAACCAUCAAUUGCUGGGAUUAAGGAUAAACCGGAAAAUCUACUAGAACGUGUGCAGAAAUUCAUCUACACCGGAGAUGAUCGGAAUAUUGUGAAAGUUUUCGUUCAAGGAAAACAAGUAAAGUAACAUGGCUUUAUUGGAUGUUUUUCUUUCCUUAAUAAAUAACUAACAAAACAAUUUA